AUGGAGCUAAUUUCACGACCUCGAAAUGCCGAACAUUCAAAAUACGACAUUCGAAUUUGCCAUGCCGUCUGGCCUGCUUUGGCAGCCGAUAAUUACAAGCCCAACCAGUAUACCCGGCUCGCGACCUAUGUGCGAGAGGUCCAGGUGCGAUUCAACUACCAACCCGACCUUUACUUGCCUGACGCGGCGGGCAUGAUCCCUGAGAUAACCGGUACAAUCCGCCGGUCUAGCCACAAAGCACGCGACAUUGCUAUGGACGACUUCAAAGCAGGCCACUGGCAAGAAAGCAGCAAGGAAUCAGUGCAGCUAACAGCAUGUUUUGCGGCUACAUUGUGCGCAACGACAAAUGUUGCCAUCGCCAGGGAUCAGGCUUUAACAGAGGCAGCGUCCACUGUGUGGGAAGCCGGCGCCUCUUUGCGUGAUGCUCUGAGGCAAUGGUUCAAAAUCCAGCAGCCGCCACAGGUUACGGAGAUGGAAUCACGCACAGUUGACCCAAAGCUGACCAUGAGCUACCUGGCGGUAAACCACGGGUUUCACGUUGACUGGACCAACCACUUGAACGAACACCUCGCGAUCAACUGGAAGACAAAAGUGAUCUCCAUCUACCAGCAUAAACUGUGGCUAGCUUCACAUCUUCAAUCACCUGAGCAAUGUAUCUUGCCCAUGGACCUGGUUGGCGAGGCCUUAGAUACCCUCAACCUGCUAUUCCCAUACGACGACGCACCGACAAAAUCCUUUCUGGCUAAGCAGGCUCAGCAGUUCUACAGCCUCGGCUUCUGCGGUCGGGAGCGAAGGCUAGACCUAUUGGCCUACCCACGAUGGAACAGACGGCUCGAAGAGCUGUCAAGUGUGUUACAGGGACCGCGCGACGGGAUCCGGCAGCUGCUUCCCGACAGAGGCCGGCCUGACCUGCUAGAAUCCGUCAACUUUUGGAUCGCCGUGUUCGUUGCGGGGCUGACGGUCACCAGUUUCAUAUUCGGGGUUAUCACGGUAAUCUAUGCUAAAUGGGCAUUUGAGAUUAGCAAGGAGUCGCUCGAGUUGACGAGGCAGCAAUAUCUUCUAUCACUUGCUCAGGCGUGUUCAAACCCCCAGGAAGCAACCUUGUUACCAGAAUUUUGUGCUGGGAAGUGA